CAAUUUCAUCAGAAUGGAUAUCAUUACAGCCUCGGAAGCCGUCGCAUAUGGCAUUGCAGAUCUCCUCGCAGCUUUUCUUAUUGUCAGUGAUUAAGCUUCAGUGCAAACACACUUCACCUAUUCGAGCUGGAGGCAGAGGGGGCCCAGCUAGACCAACAGUUCGCAGUCUCUCUUGCACAGCGGGGCUCUCGCCGAUGUCAUUGUCCUAAGCUCUACAGUGCAGUGCAUAGAUGACGCCUUGCGAUUCUAAGCUGGAACCUUUUGAACCUCACACGCCAAAAUGUUGAGCCGCAGCUGUACUCGUCCUAUAACCCAAUCUACCUCCCGCUUUCUUCCCACCGUCUACCUCGCCCAGAUUACAUCACCACAACAUCGCCGCCAAUUCCACAUCUCCCGCGCAUUCAAAAUGGUCAAAGCCGGCGACUCCAUCCCCGCGGUCGAGCUGGUCGAGAAGUCACCCGGUAACAAGGUCUCGCUCGCCAAGGAACUGGCCUCCGGGAAGGGUCUCAUCGUCGGUGUGCCUGCAGCUUUCAGCCCAUCAUGCUCGGCCCGUCACGUGCCAGGCUACAUCAACUCCAAGAGGUUGUCCGAAGCCGGGAAAGUCUUUGUCGUCAGUGUCAACGACCCAUUCGUCAUGGGUGCCUGGGCUGAGAACCUCGACCCUGAGUCCAAGAGCGGUAUUCGCUUCCUCGGCGACCCAUCCGGCGCGUUCAACCGCGAGCUCGACCUGCUCUUCGAGUCAGCGGCUGUCUUCGGCCAAGACCGCUCAAAGCGAUACGCUCUCGUCACGCAGGAUGGCAAGGUCAAGUCGGUUCACAUCGAGCCCGACAACACCGGUGUCAACGAAUCCGAGGCGGAGAAGGUGCUCGCCUGACUAGGCCGAGAUGCAAAAAUUUGAUCGGCGCUGUGAGGAUCCCCUGUUCAGCAUCAUUCGCAAAGUCGCACAUUUCGGUCGUUUUGUUCCGAAUUACGCUCUGUAGAUACAAUCAAGCACGAUUCCAAACUCAAAAGCGCUUCAUAUGUCAACCAAAUUUCUCGGGCGAACGCGUACAGCCCAGAAACGUAUGCUCGAAGUAGUCAAUGUCAUGCCUUCACG